ACUCAUGUUCCCCCAAACACCGCCAUCCACACCCCAAAAAAAACCACUGAAAAAAUGAUGCUCGGAGAACCGCACCGUCCUAAUCCAACGGUCCACGUCCCACCGUGGCUUCAGCUGGACGAUCCUACGGCCGAGAUGUACUCCCCGUACCCGCUCAGCGGGGUCUCCGUUAACUCCGACGGCAAUGCAAGCGGCGCUGACUUCAACAGCCCGUACUAUCUCGACGAAGCACUAACGACGCUCCAGCGCUUCUUGCCGUCCAACGAGACCGACCUGGACUCCGACUCCGACAUUUCUGGCCGCGAAUCCGACGCGCCGGUCGACGCCUACUCCUGCGACCACUUCAGGAUGUUCGAUUUCAAGGUCAGAAGGUGCGCACGUGGAAGGUCACAUGACUGGACCGAGUGUCCGUAUGCCCACCCGGGUGAGAAGGCCCGGCGGCGCGACCCGAGGAAGUAUCACUAUUCGGGUACGGCCUGCCCCGAUUUCCGAAAAGGUCAUUGCAAGAAGGGCGACACGUGUGAGUUCGCGCACGGGGUUUUCGAGUGCUGGCUCCACCCGGCUCGCUACCGCACUCAGCCGUGCAAGGACGGCACCAGCUGCAAGCGGAGGGUUUGUUUCUUUGCUCACACGCCGGAGCAGCUUAGGGUUUUGCCUCAGCAGAGCCCCAGAGGAGCCAACUCGCUCAACUCGACUGAGUCGUAUGACGGGUCGCCGCUGAGGCAGGCGAUAGAGGCCGCUGCCGCUUCUUGUGUGAAAACGAUGCCAUUCAUGUCCUCCCCACCGGAAGACUCGCCGGAUGUGUCGCCCGAUGUCUCCGAUGGCCGGACAAUGAGCCGGUCUCUCGGGUCGAGCUCGAUAAACGAAAUGGUGGCUUCCCUGAGGAACUUGCAGCUCGGAAAGGUUAAGUCUUUGCCCUCUUCUUGGAACGUUCAGCUGGGAGGAUCUUCCGGAUUCGGGUCUCCAGUAUCUUCCGGGUUCGGGUCUCCGUGCUCUUCCGGUUUCGGAUCUCCACGCGGGUCCAUGCUGCGACCCGGAUUCUGCAGCCUGCCUUCAACGCCAACGCGGGUCCCGGUCCGUUCCGGAAUCGGGUAUUUGGAUUUGUGCGAGGAGGAGCCUGCAAUGGAGAGGGUGGAGUCUGGAAGGGGGCUGAGAGCCAGGAUGUUCGAGAAGCUGAGGGAGGAGAAUUCGUUGGGCCGGGUCGACCCGGGUCCGAACUGUACCGGUGCUCCGGAUGUUGGGUGGGUUUCUGAGCUGGUUCAGUGAAUUGAAGGAUUACUUGUCUGAUAACUUGUUACUAUGAUGACGAUUCUAUUUGGGGUACUUGAUUCCGGUGGCCUCUAAAUAUUUUGGGUCUCUCUCUCUAGAUUAUGUGAACAGUGCAUGAAUGGGGAGAGAAAGGUGGGAGUUUGACUUUGAAACCAAAGUCAAGUUGGAAGAAUUUGAAGAUUACGUUGUUUUGUGCAGGUGUUUUUGGAGAGACAGAAGCAGUGGGAUGUGUUCUGUCGGAGAAUAGUAGAAUCUAUGUCUUUUUGGGGGGAUUAUCUAUGAGAUUAAGGUGAAGUAGAUAAAUUUAAGGACGGUAAUUAAGAAAAGAAUUGGUCUUUUGUUGUUGUGUAGUUGAAGAAGUGGACAGCGGAAGAUCAUCAUAUCCCUCAUUUGCUGUUGUUAAUUAUGGUGUUUUAAGGAUAAUUACUACCAUCCCCACUUACUCAUCUCUUAUCAAAUCAUUGUAAAAACUAUGCCUCUUUCUUCUGAGGAAUGUAAUGCUCUCUUUUGUGCUAAUGCAAUUAUUAAUGUAAAUUAUCAUUUUAUCAA